CUCCAAACCCAAAACGGUACGGAGAGCAGAUACAUCCCACGAAGGAGACCCGUCGCACCCGCACCUAGACACACGCGUGCCAGAUAAGCUCCACCCCUCAGAAGCGUCUUGUCAAUCAAGGUCGCCUUUUUCUUCUUUUGUGGCAGCAGCGGUGCUGGCGCUGUCACCCCGUCCCCCCGGUUCACCUCCGGGUAAAACAGAGAAGCGAAGCGAGCACGAGAGCAGAGCAACCAUCUCACUCACGACAGCUGCCCGCCAGUUGUGCAACCCAACCCACACCCCUCCCCCUCGAAAGCGGGCAGAAACACCAAGGGCCAUGAACUUUCCUGCCUCAACCUCCAACGACUUCGCCUUCAACCCCAUCCUCAGCUCCAACAACCAGUCGCAACAGCAGUCCCAACAGCAACAGGUCCAAUUCUCUUCCCGCCAGCUCCAGCUGCAGCAACAGCAACAACAGCAUCAGACUCAACAGCAGCGGCAGCAGCAGCUCCAGCAGCAGCAACAACAACAGCUACAGCUACAGCAUUCCGUCCCGCCGCCGCAACUUCCUUCGCCUGCGCCGUCCGCCAACGCGCAAUCCCUCUCGGCCGCCCAGCAAGCCCUCGCCCACGCGCAGUACCAGCAGUUCGUCCUCAUGAACGGAAUGAACGGCGGCAAUGUGCCCAACGGGAUGGGCGGCGUGCCCACCCCUGCCGGUCAGCAGGCCGAGCUCAACUACAUCUAUGGCAUGGUUGAGGAGCUGAGUAGGCAGCUUACGGAGAACCGUCGCGUCACCGAGGAUAUUGUCUCUGGUCUUGGAAGGGUGCGCAGUCGCGCGAGGACGCAGGGAAUGGGCAAUGACGACCUCAUUCACAACGCUGCAGACGACAUUCUUGCUCAAGAACAGAAUCUCGACACCCUCAUCUCCAUUCUCUCCGAGUCCCUUGAAAAAGCGAAAUACAGCCGCGACGCCAACGCGACACUCCUCAGCCAGUACGCGACAGUCUUCGCCGCAAUGCUGAAGCAAUUUCACGAAUACAAGGCAAAACACGUCACUGACGUCGCCGCAUGGCACCGCUCGUACCGAUCCCAGCUCGCCGAAGCACGUGCCGAGAAUAGCAGACUCCGAGAACAGAUCUGGGAGAUGCAGGAACGCGCGGGUAAGGCGAACGAGGUGCUCCGCAACUUCCGCCGCAAGUACGACGAGGACGAGACGCGGUGGGAUCGGCGCGUGGAGGACGUGGCCGCGCGCCAGGAGCUUCGGUUCUGGAAGCGCAUGGCCAUGCCCGAGGUCAGCGACGAGGACCCUUGCUGGAGCGAUGACGAUGAUCUCAUCGACCCGGCGGAGAAGGAGCGGUUAAAAGAGCUGGAGAAGAGAGCCGCUCAAGAACAGCUUUCUGGGAGCCAGCAAAUGGGGGACGAGUACUCGCGUCCGCAAUCGCCGGAAUCCAGCAUGAUGGGUGGCGUCCCGAUGCAGAGAGAUCUAGGAAUCCCCAUGGGUAUGCCCGUUCCGCCACCAAGACCCUCGAGUGCGAAUUCGAGCACUGGCUCCUCUGGCCAGUGAGGCAGUACGCAAUGCAUUUAGUACCUGUUUUAUGAAGCAUGCCAUCGGGAUUGUGGUGGCGUAAGGAGCAUUCUGGGUAAAAAAGGUUGCUGGCGUUGGGGGCUGCUGGAAAGGAGAAUCGCUUGCAAAGCAAAUGGGCGAUCGCAUUAUACCUCUUGUGAUACUGGCCAAGCACCUUAGCCUUGGUCUCUUUUCACGAAUACAUUAAUGAAUGGUUUGUUGAAACGAAACAAAACUCCUACCAAGACUGUCCCUUGUGUACUGUUACUACUGUUACUGUUGCUAUUCAAUUACUGAGGAAAGCAUAAGGCACCCAACUCCGACUGGUUCUCGCCGCGCAAAACCAUGACCGCCGCGGUCAUUCAACUCAGCGGUCCCGCUGUGCAUCAACGGCAUAAAUCACUUUUCACCACGGACUAAAGUGACUCC